AGGAGGUACUCGUAAACUGGUAAAGUGAAAAAACCAAAUAAUGGGUCACCAGAGUGAGAUAGAGAAGAAGAAGUACAGAAACUGGGUGAAAGGUGGAUUGGCAUAUAAAUACCUAAAACAAGGUCUAGACGGUUUUAGUGAUGAUGUUGUUAAACAAGAACAAAGCAGAAUAUUAGGAUCUAUUAAUUGCACACCAGGUACCAUCUGUAAUCAGUGCAUCAUUGAGCGUUUGCGACCAAUACAUGCAUGCAGAACAAUAUCUGCAGGUAAUUAUGAAUGCCCCUGGGGUCAGCGUAAGUGUAAUUGUUUGCACUUAAAGAAGAAAAAAUGUCGUCUUAAAGUAUGUGAUUUCAUUAUGGAAGAAAUAUUACAAAGCCACGAAUCCACCCCACCAACACCAAACUGGACAAAUACAGAUAUACAGAAGUGGUGUACAGAGCCAUGGGAGGUCGCCAAAUGUUUCAUCAAUGCUCCUGGGUAUUCUGACAAGACAAAGGCAGCUGAAAUAGACAUAUCUGGAUUACUCCAUGUCUUCAUUAACAACAUCAAUCUUCAUUCUCAUUUAGCAUGCUCCAUGGCUGGAAACAAUAUUUUUAUCCAGGUACGAGAAAGAAGAAACAAGUUAUUUCAUUCCAAUACCAUGGAAAUGGAAGAUCUGGAAGUGGCUAAAUGUAUAGAUGAUAUCGUUAGAAUUCUUGAAGACCCAAAAGAACUCAGCGGAAGACCUGAAGCUCAGGAAGCUGUCCGCAAACUUAAACAGUUGAAGGAAAGCAAAUUUAUAAUAACAACCAACAAUGAGGUAGAUGUAUGUAAAGAAGCAUUAUUGUUUGUAAGCCAAAAAUCGGAUGAGCUUAAACAAGUGAUUGAAGAUGGAAAAAUAGAAGUUAGAUAUGUUGUUGACACAUAUACGACAAAAGCCAAGGAAAGCAUAGAAAAAUGUCAAAACGCUGCAGUGAAGGAAUUCAACGAACACAGCACAAGUCUAUACGAAAGAGUUAAAAAACUAGAAACUAACAUACCUGAAAGAAUGGAGAAAUUAAAAACAGACAUCUCUGAAAGAUUCGGACAAAUUGAAUCAGAUGUUUCCUCUGUGAAAGAACGAGUGACAGCACUAGAAAGCAAAGUUAGAGAAGUUAGAGAACUAGAUGCUAUACGAGAUAUAUACAGGAGACAUUUCGAUUACGUAGAAGGGAAGCAAGGUAACCAAGUUCAUUUCCAAAAAAUGUUAAUCAUGAUUUUUGAGUAGUUCCAGGUGAUAGUUGCACUAGUUUAAACGAUACACUUUGCUUUUAGAUACGAAUGUGGACUUGAUAUUUCUAGCCUGAAGUAUUCAUAGAAUGAACUUAAGUUGUCGGUUGUCUGUCAGCUUAUAAAAUAUGUGAACUGCCAUAACAAUUUUAAGGAAUUAUUGAUUAAGCUAAACCACAUGUAACGGUAUUGAACCGUUUUAAUUUACUAAUUAGGGGAUAUAGCAUAUAAGCGACCGGAUAGCUCUGUGGGUAGAGACGCGGUGUGGUUUUAUGAGAUAGCCUGUUCAAGUUACGGUCAGGCUGCACAUUUUCUCAUACUGAAAUACAUGUGUAUCUGACGCCAAACGGGGAAGUGAUGGUAUAUAAGUCUUUUAACCCACUGGAAUAUUUCAGUAGAGUUGGGGAGUUAUGUCGCGGCAUUGAACUGUUCACUAAUUAGGGAAGAUAGAGUGUAUGCAGUUGGAAAGCUUGGUUGGUAGAGCGGCGGUUCGGUAUGUUGAGGGUCCAGGGAUCGAGUCACGUUUGGACUGCACAUUUUGACAUCCUUGACAUAUAUUACAAUUGUAAUUCUUCAUUUGAUAUCUUUGUCAGCACAAACAACACUAAAAUCUAAACAAUUUAAAAAAAUGUAUAUUAGGAUAUCUAAAUAUUCGCCUAUGAAU